CUCUUGAAAAAUCUAUUGCCUCUCAGCUAGGGUUUUUUUAUUUUUAUUUCUUUAACUCGAUUUUUCCCUCUCUCUCUCUCUCUCUCUCUCUCUCUGCGCGAGACGAUAUUUGAAGCGAGUAGGAGAGCAAUUGGUGGUUUUGACUAGGUGAGUUCCUUAGCCAUUGUGAUUUUGGUUGUGGCUUCCGGACUGGUUCGUCUGUGCAUUCCUUAUCCCCCAUUAUGAGUCCGGACAGCAGCAGGAGCCCUCCGCGAACACGGCGGUUUCGUAGCAGUGAACGUAUGUCAUACCGUGAUGCACCAUACAAAAGGGAUCGGCGGAGUUAUAGGCAGGACAAUCUGUGCAAGAACUGCAAGCGACCUGGUCAUUAUGCCAGAGACUGUCCGAAUGUACCCGUCUGUAACAACUGCGCACUUCCUGGGCACAUUGCAUCUGAAUGCACCGGGAAGACCAUGUGCUGGAACUGUAAGGAGCCUGGACAUAUGGCAAGCCAGUGCAACAAUGAGCCCAUCUGUCACAUGUGCGGGAAGAUGGGCCACCUUGCCCGCGAGUGCUCAGGAUCUGGCCUAGCCCCGUUUGACACCAGGAUCUGCAACAACUGCUACAAGCAGGGCCACAUUGCUGCCGAUUGCACCAACGACAAGGCAUGCAACAACUGCCGCGAGCCUGGUCACCUGGCCCGAGAUUGCCCCAACGAUCCAGUAUGUAAUGUCUGCAAUGUGUCGGGCCACGUGGCCCGCCAGUGUCCCAAGUCUAACCUGGCAUCAGAGAUUGCUGGCGGGCCCUUCCGCGACAUCAUCUGCCGCAUGUGCAACCAACCAGGUCACAUCAGCCGGGAUUGUGUAAGCAUUGUCAUCUGCAACAACUGUGGCGGCCGUGGUCACCUCGCUUACGAGUGCCCAUCGGGCCGGAUGCUUGAGCGUGGGUUCCGCAGGUACUGACAUGCACUGUCAUGUUUUAUUGCACCUAUACAGGAGGUAAGAUGGUUAGAUAUGGACAGUUUUGAGCCUUGUGAAUUUCAAUGGUCGAGCAGAUUAAUUCUCUACCGGGGAGAUCUUAUGGUUUUCAGAAGCGUUUGGGAUGCUGUUUUAGUUGUAUUUGGUCCUUCCUAUUGGUGCCACUGCACAACCUUCGUUCCUAAGGUGUCCAAUUUGUAUUUCAAAUUUUGUUUCCGGUGAGAUGUGGGAAGAUGCUGGGAUGGUGUUGUUUUAUAAUUACUUUGGCCAUGAUGAUCCCGACCUUUCA